GGACUAACAAGCAAGAAGAUGACGGAUGUGUGGUCUCCUCUUCUUAUAUUCUUCAAUGCAAUAAAUCUUUUGCAAUUGACUGAAUGUGGUCCUCGCUUUUGGCAAAUACCAGAUCCUAGUCUAGGUGCGGAAUGUCCACGAGCUCCACAUUUUGGAGAAUACUGUGAUAAGUUUGGCUCAGGGCGGAUUAAAGAAUGUUCCCCAUGUAGCAUUGAACAGUUGAAGGACCCGAGUAUAUCACACCCGGAGGACUGCGAAAAUGUACCAUGUCCUUAUCGCUGUCCAGAAGAAAUCAGUGACAAAAGUGCAUCAGCUCCAUCCAAUAGCUGUGAUGUAACAACAGCUUCCCCAACUACCCUAGAUUUAACUACUGAAGCUCCAUCCACAACAACCAAGGGAACAUCGACACAAACGACUAUAUCUGGGAGUACUACCUCUGUUUCCUCAACAAAGCCAAGCCCCACUGAUGGCUCCCCAUUGCCACACAUAUCUAUACGUGUCAUCUACUGGCUAUCUGGAGUUUUUGCAGUCAUUGUAGGUUGUUGUGCAGUAUAUUGUAUCAGGAGACACAAGUGCAUGAAGAAUCAGUGUGUAGUUCCGUCACCGUCAAGUGAGCCAAUGAUAGCUGAGCAAAGCAUUGAGAUGACUCCGCCUCACACGCCACUAAGUCCUGAAUUCAUACCUGGACCAUCAUCUGUAACCAUUAGAUCUACAGAGCCUGACCUGUUUGCAAAGCUGGAUUGUCCCUGUGGAGAUGCUGCCGUUCCAGUAGGACCAUCAGGGGCUAUUCUUCAAGGCUUGCUGCCAUCCACAAGGUAUGGUGUCGCUGUAGGCACCCAGGAUCAUGAAGGCUUUCGUCACAAAUACCAUGAGUUAAUUAAAACACCAGACACCGCCAAUGAUGUUGAGGGGUGCACCUUUACUCUAAAAGAUCUAAAAACACAUAUAGAGAAAAAUUCUCGGGAUUUCCAGACCCUCAAAGUCGCUUUUAACCAUGUUGAGGAUGCAGCUUUUCGUAGAGCGAUGAGCAGGUCUCUUAAAGUCACUAGCCUCCAUAAUGAAAUUGGACGGUCAUUUUUUGAGGAUAUCAUCAGUAUUGAUGGUGAAAGGAGAGCAGGGAAUAGUUUGAAGUUACAUGUGAUACUGAGUGAGCUCAUAGGAUGUCAUUCACCUGUUCCUGACUUUGUGGAAGAAAUCAUACAAAAAAUAAGUUCAAUUCAUGAGAAUUGCUUACCUUGUAGGCAUUUAGUGUGUCAAAUAUCAAAGAAUUCUUUGGUGACUACUGUUUGAUGCAGAUUAUCAAGGUUCUUGUAAUGAUAUCUACACCAAAUAGCAGUCUCCAUAGAAUUUGUUAUAAUACCAUGAUUUCAUCAUAGGGGAUGUGUUCAAGCCAUUUUUCUAAUAUAGAAACAUUAUAAUUAACAACAGCAUUGCUAAACACAGUCACUGUUGGAAAUGAGUUAAAGCAUUUUUUUUUUUUCAAUAGACCUGAUUUCAUGCCAUGCUAAGUGCUCACCAUGUGUGCAUUUCAGAAAAAAGUUUUGUCAGUUAUUUUUUCAUUGACUAAUUAGCUCUCAGCCAAUCAGAUGAAAGGAUUUUCAGUAGCUUGUAACAUUGUCUGGUGAAACAUGGGAUGUUUUAUUCAUUCUCGGUUAUUCUCUUCCUAUACAAAUUAAUUUAACCCUAUAGCCGGGCUUUUCAAUUUCAUAUCUCGGCUGUUGAUUGCGCAAUCGCAACGGAAAUAGGCAUCUAGGGUUUUAUGCAGCAGCCAUUUUCCAUUUUAAUCAUGUACAUGUAAUUUCAUCUAUCACUGUAUUAUUGUAUUUUGAGUACUAUAUUCAGGGAAUAAACUCAAAUUGAUUUGAAAUUGAAUUAAACAUCAUUCUAAGAAUUAAAAAAAAAGUAUAGUGAUCAAACACCCUAGCAUAUCCUGAUCACUUUCUGCUUUAUAUCAAGAGGAUUCACCUUUUUUUUUUUGUCUUUCAAUUUUCUAUUUGUUUGUAUGUUUGUAUCGACAAUCAACAUACAUGGUGUAAUAGUGUCUUUGCUUUUUAUGGGGAGGAAAUGUUCAUGUUUAAUGACUUUUCAAUUGCUUUGUCCAUUGCGAUAUUGCUUGCAUAUGAGAUGCAUACAGUAUGUCGUGUUUAACCAGCUAGUCUUAGUGAAAUGUAACUAGUCUUACUUUUUGUGUCUGCUCAAGAAAGGUAUAGUACACAGACUUUCUUUAUUAUUACUCCUCUGUUUUUCUCAUCCGUAAAAAAAUUAUGUGUCAUCUGGGCUUGAUGUGCCUCAAAGCAAUGGGGGCUAAAAAUGUGUUCUCUCUCUACGUUCUUAUGUGAAAUGCUUUUGUGAGCUUGUUAAAGAACUAGAUCCUAUGAAGACCUACUUAAAUUAACAUAUCCAACUAAAAGAAAACAGACAGGAGAUAGAACAUUCACUGUUGCAUCCUCAAUGGAAUGGAACAAACUCCCUCUCACAUUAAGACAAUCCCCAACAAUCGAGUCCUUUAAGAAGUCCCUUAAAACUCUUUUGUUCUAGGCAACUGCCUUUAUUUAAUAUGUCAUUCUGAUUUUUUGUUUGUAUAAAUAUGUUAACUGAAAUUGUGAGCGCUUUGGGCCAUGUGGGAAAAGCGUGUUAUAAAUAUUGAGUAUUAUUAUUGUUUCAAGGUCGAAGGGAACUUCAGGCUUGAGUAGUCAGUGGCUGAGACUUGGAGAAAUCAUCUUGAUGUUUUGCACCAUGGCCAGGUUGAAACUUAAGAAGAUAACUUUAUAGCAGUUUUAACAAAUUCAUCAUGGGAUAGGGUUGUAGUAAAGAUCACCAAAUGAAAGCAUACAGAAUCCAAUAUUAAUUGGGUGUAAGAGAUAAAAGUAUAGGCUAACAUUGAUAUGACUUGUAAAAUCUAAGCUGCAAAGACCCACUUUUCACAUAUUUCUGUGAUAUAUUACAAAAGUGAAGCCCAGCAAAAAAAAUUGUGUCCAAAAAUCAUUUAGUGCUUCAAAAAACUAAAGGUAGUUAAUGUAUAGAUCUGGAAACACCAUCUUAAUUUCCUCACAUAUGCUAUGUGUUCUAUUAAUGACUCCAAGACACAAAAUGAUAAAAGUGUGGUUUGCGUUGUACUUUUAGCUUUUCAUUCUCAAUAAUGGUUGUAUUUAGGGUGUUUUUUUUACCUCUAAUAUGUACUCAAACCAGGGUUGGGCUCUAUUACAAAGUAAUCGAUCAAUUACUUAAUUAAUUACAUUUUUUUGAGUAAUUGUUAUUUGUAAUUGAAAUUUUUGAAGAAAAAGUAAUUGUAAUUGAAGAAAGUAAUUGAGCCCAACCCUGACUCAUCAACACAUGUUUCAUCUUGGUUGAAAGAAUAUUUUUAAUUGGCUAUUCGAAAAGCUAGCGUAUUCCUUUAGUUAAGCUGUUUAGCUGAUUUUAGCUAUUUUUUUUUGUCAGCUUUAUGUGUACUUUGUAAAAAAAAAAGGGUAGGAUAUUUUGCAAUAUCAGCUAUUUUCAUUUGUGUUGGUCACUCCUACCUCUGAUAAAAUGGCCAGCCAAAUAUUUUAACAUGUAUGUACAAAUAACUAGUAUCUAAGUAAUUUUAAUAGUACUUCGCAAAAUACUUGUAUGCAAGCCGCGUUAUUGGUUUUGUUUACAGAUUUUUUUCCCCUAAGCAAUACUGGUACAUGUACCCAUCUAUGCCUAUCUGUUUUGGCAAUUUAACAGUGUACUUGGUUUUUAGCUUUACAUGUAGAUACUUUUAAUGUUGGUUUGAUAUUACCUAUUUACAUGUAGAAUGUAGUAGAUAAUGUAAAUCUCAUGUAUGAUAACAAUGCAACAGUUUAGUUUGUAGAAAAACACUUUCUCUUGAUAUUGUUACCUGCAGUGAAUACUUGAGGUUAAUUUUGAAACAAGUCCUUGUUGAUUUAAAAUAGGUCAAAGGCGUAGUACCUAAUAAUGAGUGCAGUACUUGCCAAAUCAAUAAUUCAUGUUACCUAGUACUCACCUAUUAUAGCGUUCUCACUUAGCCCAAGCUCGCAGAUCAGACUCACCUCGCGAGUCAGCAUCAGCUCGUGGGCCGUCUUCUCCCUCGGGUUCAUAUUUAGCCCUAGCUUGUGAAGCAGACUCGCCUUGCUUGUCAGUUCUGCCAAUUACCCACAAUUCUCCGCGAUAAAUAUGUAAACAAACUAUGGCGCGCGCUUGCCUUGAAAAUUAACCAUAAACCAGUAGUACAGUGCCGUGACUUGCAUGCACAUAACUAAUGGAAAGCAGUUAUACAAUACACAAUUCGUAAGGUAUGGGACUGCAUAAACUCGAGUGUACUCUUGACGGACUGCGUGCGUAGAAAAACAAGUUUGCAAUCGGCUUUCUGUCCACUCUGCAAAAAAAUUGUUGUGUCUCCCCCAGCUUGCAGGUCAGAUCCUACCUUUUUGCUGGGGAAAAAAGGCGAGUUAGACUCCCCUCGCGGGUCUAAAUCGUGAGCUGGGGCUAAGUGAGAACGCGGUAUAAGAUAAACUGCUUAGCCAAUUCUCGCAUACAGUUUACACUUUAUAAGGUUUAGACUUUAACAUAAAUGACAUUUUAAUGAUCUCAAAAUGAUUUUGAAGAGAAUCCAGUUAGAUGACCACCAAAGAGCAUUACGUAUAAAUGAAAAGUAUGCCAAAUCUUACCGGUUGAAUAGAUUUACACGAAAAGAGCAAAUGAUGCACAGUACUGUGAUAUCUUUUGUAUCAGAUACUGCUUCAUGAUGCCAAAUGCCAUUUUAUUUGUAUAUGCCCGUCCUAGACGGGACGUAUUAUGGCAUCACGCUGGGUUCCGUCAGUCCGUCCGCCAGUCCGUCUUAACUUUUCCUUGUAAAUGCGAGAAUUUCAGUUUGAUUUAACCUAGGCUCAUAUAAUUUGGUGUGUAUGAUACUAGCAUGGAUCCCAGGAAGCCUAUUGAUUUUAAGGUCCAAAGAUCAAAGGCCAAGAUCACGGUGACAUGUUUUCAUCUUGCCCUUCUGCAGUUAUUGUAAACGCGAUAAUUUUUGUUUAACUUAACCUAGGCCCAGAGAAGUUGGUGUGUAUGAUACUAGCAUGGACCUUAGAAAGCCUAUCAAUUUUGAGGUCCAAAGGUCAAGGUCACAGUGACAGGUUUUCAUCUUACCCUUCUUGAGUCCUUGUAAACGUGAUAACUUUAGUUUAACUUAACCUAUAAUUUUGUUUGUAUGAUACUAGCUUGGAUCCCAGGAAGCCUAUUGAGAUUUAGGUCAAAAGGUCAUUGGUCAAGUCGCCACCUUUCACUUUUCUUGCUUGACCAAGAACUCCAUUUUCUGCGUUACAGGCGAGCGUAUUAUGUGCUCGCCCUAGCGACACUUGUUAAUUCAUGUAUUAAUCAAUUCAUUCAUUUUGUUUGUUAAUUUUACCUCUUGCAUGAAAUGCUAGACUUGCUGACAUAGUAUUAAUUCAUUGGUAUGUUUUCAUUGAUUAACAAUUUUAUUCUUUUUACAUCAAGCCUUUAUUCAUUUCUAUUCAGAUCUACUAGUUAUUCAUUUAUUGCCAUGUUAGCAUUUUUGUUUGCAUUUUAUUGAUUAUAAUUAUUGACUCUUGCCAAACUUUUCCAUGAAUUGAGACAAAUAGCCUUGAACAUUUCAGUGAGUCCAAAUCUUUGAAGGUCUU